AUGCCGACGCGCAGGAGCUCUAAACUGGUCUGGUUGCUGCUGAUUGUGGCCUUCGCAUCCCUCUGGCCUGGCACACAUGGUGCUAGGCACCCUCUGAGCACCAUGCCCAAGCAUGCACCAGCGCCAGGUGUAUCUCACAAUGGCUCAGCAAACGCCCGGGACCUCGAUGCCACAUUAAGGUUUUAUGUGUGCAUAGACAUGCUAGCGUGUGUCCUUCUGACCUGCUUGCAUUGUUAUGUGCCUUCUAGUAUUCCAUCCGCUGCUGAGCGCCCUGCAGCCCCAGCCCCGGCACCGACCGCCGCCCCAGCGGCACUGGCGCCUGCUGCCGGCCGCGGCCGCGGCUAA